CGUACGCGUCGCGCAUUAGUCGGCCAUUUAAACAUCACGUGGACUCGUAGAAGACGACUUUGCUUUAUCUUGCUCGAAAGAAACACUUAAUUUAAUCAAAAUGGGAACCAACAAAGUUCAAAAGAAGAAUAAGGGAGUCAAGGCUGUCGAACAGAAAGAAAAGUCCGGCAAGGGAAAGAAGUACAAUAAAGUUCCGCCUCCAAAACCAGUUGAAGAAGAGAGCGAGAGUGAAGAGUCCUCAGAAGAAGAGGUUGAAGUACCUGUCAAGAAGGGAGUAAAGAAGGCAACCCCUAAGAAGGUUGUGAAGCCUCAGGAAGACAGUGAUGACGACAGCGAUGACGACGAUGACAGCUCAGAAGAGGAAGAGCCUGCCAAGCCAGCACCAAAGCCUGCCAAGAAGACUCCAGUGAAAGCCACCAAGACACCUCCACCUGCAGAAGAAAGUAGCGAUGAAGACGAUAGCAGCGAGGAGGAGGAGGAACCUGCUAAGCCAGCCCCAAAGCCUGCUGCCAAGAAGGCUCCAGUAAAAGCUGCCAAACCAGCUCCAGCAGAGGACAGUGACGACGAUGAGGACAGCAGCGAGGAAGAAAGUGAUGAUGAAGAGGAAGAGAAGCCCAAAGCCAAGACGCCUGUGAAACAAGCCACGAAGCCUGCUCCCAAGAAGGUGGUAGCUCAGGAGGACAGUGACGACAGCGAAGAGGAUAGUGAUGAUGAUGACAGUGAAGAGGAGAUGGAAACUCAACCAACCAAAGCUAAGGCACCAGUCAAAGCAGCGGCCAAGGCACCAGCUAAGGCCAAGCCAGCUCCGGCAGAGGAGGAAAGCAGCGAUGACGAAGAUGACAGUGACGAAGAAGAAGAAAUGGAAGUAGCGCAAGCUAAGACUGCAGUGAAAAGGAAGAAGACAGAAGAAAGUAGUGAUGAAGAUGAUGACGACGAUGAUGAAGAGGAUAGCGACGAGGAGGAAGAGGACGAGCCUCCAACAAAGAAGGUCAAGACACCAGCUGGAGCCAAGAAAGCCAAAGUCAACGGUGCUUCUACCCCAGCACCUGCUACCGAUAGUGCAAUCAGUGUAUUCAUUGCCAACGUGGAUCCAGACACUACCGAAGAGCAGAUCCAAGAAUUCUUUGAAGAGAAUGACGUCAGCUGCUUCAACGCACGCAUGGUCAAGAGCAGAAAGUACAUGUUUGCGUACGUAGAUGUGUCUACUGAAGAAGAGUUGAACAAGGCUCUGGAGCUUAGCGGGUCGGAGUUGAACGGUAGUAACGUCAGGUUAGAACGUGGCCGAAGUAUGGAUAAAAAACAAAAUGACAGAACACCAGGCGGCACACCGGGCGGAGGAUCAAGGAGAAGUGACGGGUCUGACGACAGGACAUUGUUUGCCAAGGGACUUAGUUACAGCACGACUAGCGAGACUCUGAUAGAGACCUUUGGGUGCAAGGAUGCCAGGAUCCCUCUGAAUGACCAAGGAAGACCAAAGGGAUUUGCCUUCCUUGAGUUUGAGACUGAAGGAGAAGCAGAUGAGGCAAUCAAGCAACACCAAGGAGUUGAGCUUGACGGCUGGUCCCUGAUCCUGGACUUCUGCGGUUCCAAGAGGAAAAACUUUGCUUCCCCUGGUGGUCGAGGAGGAGGACGAGGUGGUGGUGGACGAGGAGGACGUGGUGGUCGUGGAGGCGGUAGAGAUGGUGGAGACACCUCCAACAGCAAGACAUUAUUUGUGAAGAACAUCUCAUCUGAUGCAACCGAGGACUCCAUUGCCAGUACACUAGGUGCGGUUGCUGUCCGAAUUCCUCGAGAUAGGGACACCAAUGAACUAAAAGGGUAUGCGUACGCUGACUUCGAUGACCACGGUGGAGCCCAGUCUGCUAUAGAUAGUUACCAAGGUCAAGAUGGCUUGUUCCUAGACUUUGCCAAAGAGAGGGGUAGCCCUGGAUUUAGAGGCGGACGAGGUGGCUUUGGAGGUCGAGGUGGAGGACGUGGAGGUUUUGGUGGACGAGGUGGCGGCCGCGGUGGUGGCUUCGGUGGACGAGGCGGUGGUCGCGGAAGAGGAGGCUUCGGUGGCCGGGGAGGUGGACGAGGACGUGGAGGUCUUGGCUUCCAGAAGAAAGACGGCAUCAAGGAAUUCCAAGGAAAGAAGAAGACAUUUGGCGAUGACUAGAUAUCCUUCCAUAGCAAACAUUAAAAGACUUGAAAAAUCACUCUUCGAAGGAUAAAUUUCAACCUUCUAGUGACAUGCCAAACUGGGCAUAUCUGCAGGUAUAACAUCAGCAUUGAGAUCAUCAUUUGAUUUUUGCCUGCACCAGCUGGUAUCAGGAAUUGGCAUGUGAUUUGUCCACUUUUAUGUAAAUGGUAUGAUUGGAACCGUCAUCACCCCCAAGUGUCAUGCCAAAGUGGAGAGUGCAGCAGGUGGAUUGCCAACAUUUGAGAUCAUCAUCAGAUCUUUACCUGCUUUAGUUUUAUAUGAAUCAAUAUAUUACAUCAUUGAUACAAAUCCAGAAAUGAAUGAAUUGUUUGUAGGAUAUAUUCCUUUCCUUCAAUGUCAAACAGAACAUUGCAGAUACAAAACCAACAGAACGGAAAAGGAAAAGGCUUGGAAUUUAGUUUAUUUUAACAUCUUGUUCAAUUUUUGAUUGAAUAAAAUUAUAAGAGUACUGCAGCUUGUUUAUGAGCUGCAUCUUCAAUGGCUAGACCUUGUGGGACAUUUUGUUGCCUCCGCCCAUGGUAGAUGGAGCCAGAAGAAUUUUUUUUGUUCUGAAAUUCAAAAAAAAAUUGCAUGGUGUUCCAACAAUUCAUUUAUAUUGGAGCAAUUUCACAAUUUUUGAAUGAAUUUCUCAUUUGAAUUUUUCUCUUUUAAUUAUUUUUUUUAAUUGCACUUUGCAGCAAUUGGACAGUCUUUGAUCUCACUUGUCUCGUUAAUGCAGUUUGUCUUGUAGAUUUAUUUUAAACUAUAUUUCAAUGAUUAAAGCACUGAGAAGGAGCCUCUUCAGCAUUUUGCCUUUCACUGUAGGUAGUUUACAGUAGGAAUGAACCAAAAGCAAGAUAAAAGAAAACAAAACGAAAAAAAUCCAAAGAUUUUUCUGCUUGAUUUUGCAUAAUUGCCUCGAGUGCACAAUGAAAGAAAAAAAAAUCACAUGUGUUGCUCAUUUUUAGUGCUAUUCUUGAAUAUGUUGUAUUAAGCACCUUUUAGUUAUUGCUUUAACAAUUAUGUCAGGCUCUGCUUACUCACAGAAUAAUUUUAGAGAAUGUGGGUUCCGUUUAAUAAAACUUGUUAUAAUAACAAAAUUGCAAUACAGUUAAAAGCUACUGAAAUCUUUCAUUCUGAUUGGUUAAUAGGAAAUUUGUUAUAGAAUUUGCGCAUUUGUUAUUAUAACAAGCCUUUAUGAAACGGAACCCUUAUAUAUUUUUAUUUUUCCAGAGUAGCCACUUCAGUUUUAGAUUUGGUCACCCACUGGUCUUUUCCUAAGAAUUAUGAUGAAAGAGUAUACACAAGUCACUCCUUUUUAGUGCUAAUAGAAUGCAUUAUAUUUUACCCUGGGAAUACAUUAUUUCUUUUGUAUCAGUAGAUGAGUACAUUGAUAUUUAUUUCUCAAACUUUGUUUUAUCAGAAUGUGAUAGCCUGUAUAUAUCAUAAUGUUUGUAUGUUCUACAACAUAUUUCAUUACACAUUCUUAAUUCUCUUUACUUAAGUAUAUCACAUUACAGUUUAUUAUUUUAAAAAUGGAGAGAAAUGCAUCAUUUGAUAUUUGAUUAUGUACAGUGAUUUGAUCCUCACACUGAGUAAAUGAAUUUGUAAAAUA